GCCCUUUGGCACGGUCCUCGAGACCUGGGAGGGGACGUCUGCAGCCUCCAGUUGCUGCUGCUUCGUCUUCCCUUGUGGCGUUUCUGUGCCUCAAGAGCCCCUUGACCAGAUUUUCCUUGUGCCUGCUGGCAAUGUCCAUGAUCCUGUCUGCCUCGGUGGUCCGUGUGAGAGAUGGACUCCCUCUAUCUGCUUCUACUGAUUAUGAGCAAAACGUUGGUGUGCAGGAGUGCCAAAAAUACUUCAAAACUAUUGCAAAGAGACUUUCUCACCUUCCUGACAGAUGCACACUUCAUGCAGGACUGUAUAACGUAAAUUUUAUUAGUUCCUUGGGAGUGAGUUACAUGAUGCUCUGCACUGAAAAUUACCCCAGUGUCCUGGCCUUCUGUUUCCUGGAUGAGCUUCAAAAGGAGUUCAUCACCACAUACAACAUGAUGAAGACAAAUACAGCUGUUAGACCAUACUGUUUCAUUGAGUUCGAUAAUUUCAUUCAGAGAACCAAGCAGAGAUAUAACAACCCACGGUCUCUGUCGACAAAGAUAAACCUUGCUGACAUGCAGACGGAAAUCAGGCUGAGACCACCUUAUCAAAUUUCCUUGUCUGAAUUGGGUUCAGCCAAUGGGUAUCCACAUGUACCUCUUCCAGAAUACAAAGGUACUGGGAAAAUAUCUACAGCCCCUCACCAGCGACUGGAACCUGUGACUCUGUCAGGGAUUGUUUCCUUUCUACUCAGCCUUUUAUGUGGGGCUUUGAAUUUAAUUCGUGGUUUUCAUGCCAUAGAGAGUCUUCUGCAGAACGACAGAGAGGACCUCAGCUAUGUUAUUGCCUUUUUCCUCGGCACAGCAGCUUGUUUAUAUCAGUGCUAUCUGUUUGUGUAUUGCACAGGCUGGCGGAACAUCAAAUCCUUCCUAAGUUUUGGCUUAAUCUGCCUAUGCAACAUGUAUCUCUAUGAACUACGCAACCUCUGGCAGAUCUUUUUUCAUGUGACUGUGAGCGCUUUUUCAACGUUACAGAUCCGACUGAGGCAGCCACAAGGGAAGGCCCCUGAUUACAAUGUGUGAUGGUUGUCCUCCAGCAAGUCUCAAGGCAAACUUGAUCCAAGCAGUAUUCCUCUGAGGAAUGAAACACUUUUCUGCAAGACAGACACUUCCCAUAGUCUAGGGCAUUAAUGACAGAGAAAUUCUUCUUCAAAGAAGAGCUGGAAAUGGUUCAGGACCCUGUUGCGGGACAAAUGAAAACCCUGUGCAGGAGAAUGUACCUCAAGGGCAACGUGAGAAGUUUGGAGGGGCAGCAUGAAAAUUCCACAUCCAGAAGUAUGAAAAUGGCAAGGAGCUUGUUCUGCAUAUCAAGUGAUUUCUUCAGUCCCACACCAGGUUUGCCUUUGUGAGAUAGUAGAAAAGGCUGAAAUAAAAGGAUGGUGUUGCAUAUUAACAAACUGUUCAAUAUGAAUGAAUUUCUAAAUGCGAGAUUAUUGGAUGCACGUAAGUUUAAUGGUGUGUGUCUGCAUUUUCCUUAAUUAAAAUCUAACCCAGAACCAUCUGUUCAUGGGGAUUAGUUCCUGGGCCCCAAAGGCCUACCAUCUAGUGCAGUGCUCAUUCUGAAUUGCUUUGUUUCUACCCCUCCCCAACUUCUUCUGUGUAAUUUGCUUUGAAAGAAAUUUGGAAAGUGACCUCUCUCUUCUGCAGCCCCAAUAGCAAUCUCUAAUGCUUUUCUCUAAUGCUUGAAGGAUGAAAAGAAGUUGACUAGCCUCAUCUAGGAAAGAGCCUAACUUCUACUAAUUUCAAUUUAAUUGUCUAAGAAAAACUGUUCUGGGAACAAAGGAAAUUAAAAGUACUGGUUGAGGACAACAGAUCUAUUGUAGAAGAGGUGAGCAAUCUGACAGAAUCCUACAGUGGACCAAAAUAGCCUGCCAUCAGCAGACCAAUGAGGGUGGGUGAUGGUUAUUCAUUUCCACCCUCCUCUAACCCUCUGGAGCAGAUUUUGGGUUAGCUGCAGGGAGAGAGAUGGGGGGGGACCCAUGUUUCCUUCCCUAUUCCAUUGGUGGCCACCUUUGCUGACUCAAUGAGCCUCUCUCAUUUUGAGGAUUAUCACUGGAUACAACCCUACUAAUCUCACCUUAAUGAGAAAAGUAAACCUGCUGGAUUGCAUUGCAUCCUGUACGUUAAGUAGCAGCCAUGAGAACAAAAUGCCUUCACAAUGAAGGUAGUUGCAGAAGUUUCCUCAUGUACAGAUAAAAGUUGUUCAGGGUUUGUGAGGAUUUUAGCAGCUGGGGUUCAAGAGAUCUGUACUGUCAGCAUCCACUGCCAUUCUAAACGCACGUCAGUCAUGAGAUGAGGAAGCUUUUCUCCCAGAGACAAACUUAAGAUUCAAGAGAAGCCUUGUCUAUGUUUAUGCUUGCAUUUAAUAAACUCUACAAUCUACUCCCACUGAUCUAGGCACAAGCUUUCAGUGUGAAAACUUUCUGUAGAGAUUCUAGCAAGAAAGUGACGAUGCCAGACUGAAGUUCUAUUGUCCUACCUACCACAUCUCUAACGUUUUAUGAUCCUCCUAGUCUUUAAUUGUAAGAUGUCACCUACACAAAAGUGGUAGUUUUUUUCAGUAAGCAAUAUGAUUGUCUAGUCUUAGUUUUACUAUGAAUCCUAAGCUGCUUUACGCAUUACAAUAACUUCUAAAGCAUUAUUUUGUAGGACAAUACUGAGUGGGCAGAGACUACCCAAUCAGUUCACUCCCACAUGACUUGGAACACCCCUGCCCUCGAAUUAGAUGCUGUACCCCAGAAGUGGCUGACUGUUUUUGUCCCAGCAGCAAUUUUCAUUCUUGACUAACCUCUGGACAGUGGCCACCCAAAACCAUUGCAUGCACACAUAGAACUCCCUCAUCUACAUAGAUCAGCAGAGGAAGGGUUAAUCACCCUCUCCCUGCUCAUCAAAUGAUUGCUAGGGAGAUUUGCACCCACAUCAGAGUGGUGAGCUCUACCCACUGUAGUGCUAGGUGUAUUUUUUUCUUUCUGCCACUGCUGCCAAAAUGGAUGAAGCUUAUGGGGGGAGGGCGGGUAGAGGCAGAUCAGGCCCUAGAUCUGGGGGUCAGACAUUAUUUUGAAACCACAUGCAAGUAAUGUGUGAAGUAGCCCAAGUAUGUUUGUUGUAGACCCAAAUGUUAAUAACGAUACACACAAAUUCUUCAUUUAUCAUGAUAGUCAUACAAAGAGUCCUAAACUGGGUCUUCCAGUUGCCCUAGUCUAGUUGCUGUUCUUGUAUGUUAUGUUUUCUUUACCUUCAUGAUAAUUUAAAAUAUAAGUAAAGGAACUCCUCCUGCCAAACGAGGGAAAGACUCACUCUGGUUGCCAUGGGACGCUGCGUAUGAUGACUUUGGGCAUCAGUUUCCUAGCUGCAAAAUGGGAAUACUGAUCAUUUCAAUGAAAAUGUAAAGUGCUUUGUAGAAUAAAAGUGCUGUAUAAAUAAAUGCAGAAGCAGCUAUAAAACGGUCAAGACUUCUGAAGUGAGGUCACUGCAACUUA